AUGAAGUCAACUUGGAAGAAUCGCAAAUGGAAAGCUGUAUUGAGCAACAGCGAAUCAGAAACCAGCGAGAGUGAGACUGAACCAAAACGUACUUCGAAAAAGAAACCUCCAGCUCCUUCAAAAUCUAAGCAUGCACGUCGAAACACGAUUGAUGAGGUUGUCCACGAGAGCGAGGCCAGUGAAGAAGAAGAAAUUGAGCCCUUUGUUGAGGAUGCUGAAGAUGAAGAGGAGAGCAAUGGCUUACAGGAACAGCACCACACUCCUCUACCCGAUGUGCUGAAAACGAACAAACAGAGUACAACUGAUUUACUCACUGUGUUCUCAGAUCGUUGUACGGUGAAGUUUUGCCAGACUAAUGGAAAUGUAGAAACAUCGAAGGGGCGCUGGUGCAAUGUAUGCAAAGAUGAUAAGGAUUUUGUCGCAAAGCAUGGAAAACGCAAGGCAUUCCACGUCGGAAUGAAGCUGCAAGCGAAUAGGAAGAAACAAGCAAAGGACAUCCAACAAGAUCUAGGCCAGAUGUUCCAGAAGUCGCAAAACAAAGAGUACUCAAGGGAGGAUGUGCUACGCACAGUUGCUGAAUUUGUGGUCUGCAACGAUCAGAGCCUUGUAGUGGCCGACAAACCUGCAUUUGAAAAUUGUUUGGUGGCAAUGUGGCCAAAUGCUAUACUGGCAGACAUACCUUCAACUCAUGAUGUGUCAGCUUACAUCCACAAGGCAUUCAUUGAAUUCAUCAAGGGUCUCAAGGUCCAAAUGCAGGCUACUACAACCGGCCUUAUUUCAACGACUACAGACUUGUGGUCUGUUGAUCAGACGAAGGCCGCAUUUCUAGGCUUAACGGCUCACUGGAUCGAGGCUAAUGCCUCCAGUAUAUGGACACUUUUUUCACAGGUCACCGCUUUCAGAGAUUGUAUGAGCGUGCAGGAAUUACCAAUGGGCAAUCAAGCAAGCAACAACGACACCACUUGCGACAUCAUCAAGUCACUGCUUCACCGCCGCCACAUAUACAACUUCAAUGCCACUCGACAGUGUCUUCCUUGUCUUGCCACAUGCUGCGGUGCGUACACUGCCAUUAAGAUUCAGUCCUCAGGUCAACGUAUCGAGUACUUUGAGACCUUGCAAGUCAAGUGUGGGAUCCCAAUACCACUGAAAAUUCCCCUACACAGUAAU